AUGAGGAACUACCGGCGGGCACCGUCGUCGGAAACCUCGUCUCGCGACUCAACGAGUGGCGCCGCCGAGGAUGGCGACGGCGGCCCCGCGCUGGACGUGAACAAGUUCUCGGGCGAGAUUCGGACGCGGCGGCCGCUCGACCGCGAGACGGCCGACGCCGUGACCUUCGUCGCGUUCCUCGUCGCCCGCGACCCCGUCAAGGUCAUCGUCCGCGUGCGCGACGUCAACGACCACGCGCCGGCGUUCCCCGUCGCCGUGACGACGAUCCGCAUCGCCGAGUCGGCGCGCCGCAACCACAAGGAGUCGCUGUCGCCGGCGCGGGACCCCGACGCUGACGCGUUCACCGUGCAGCUGUACGAGAUCGCCGCGGGCAACGUGAACGAGACGUUCCGGCUCGGAACACGCCGCAAGAACGGCGUCCUCUACCCGGACCUCGAGCUGAACGGGCGGCUGGACCGGGAGCGCGUGCCGCGGUACCGACUCACCCUCGCCGCGCGGGACGGCGGCGACCCGCCGCGCGCGGGCGAGACGACGGUGGAAGUCGUCGUCGUCGACGUCAACGACAACCGGCCGGCGUUCGAGCGCGCGACGUACGAGGCGUCGGUCGCGGAGAACGCCACCGCGGGAACGACGGUGACGCGCGUAGUCGCGACGGACGCCGACGAGGGAGAGAACGCGCGCGUGACGUACUCGAUCCGGCGCGGCGGCGACGACGCGUUCGCCGUGGACGCGCGCACGGGCGCGGUGACGCUGCGGCGCGCGCUGCCCCCCGGCGGCCCGCGCGAGCACGUCAUCGUCGUGAGCGCGGCGGACGGAGGCACCCCGUCCCUCGUCGCGACCGCGCACGUCGCGGUGACCGUCGUCGGGGUGCGCGCCCGCGCCCCGCGCGUCGACGUAGCGUUCGUGACGGAGGGAGGAGGCUACCGCGUGCGGGAGGACACGGCCGCGCGAAGCGUCGUCGCGCGAGUCUCCAUCUCCGACCCCGACCGAGACGACGACGAGGACGCGAGGCUCGCGGACGUCGACGUGACGUUAGAGGGCGCUGACGGAGCGUUCGCGCUGCGGACGGAGGACCGUGCGACGUACUGGAUGUACGUAGCGCGCGCGCUCGACCGAGAGACGACACCCGAAUACAACCUGACGGUUGUCGCCCGCGCCGCGGCCCGCAAGGGGGCGCCGGCGGUGCGCGCGACGGCCGACAUUGCCGUCGUCGUCGACGACGCGAACGACAACGCGCCGCGCUUCGAGAGCGCCCUCUACGAGGCGAGCGUCGAGGAGUCGGCGGACGUCGGCGCGUUCGUGGCGCGCGUAGGAGCGAGCGACGACGACGCCGGCGACAACGCAGCCGUCACGUACUCGCUCGCGCCGCCGGCAGGGGGCGCCGCCGUCGACUGGUUCGCGGUGGACGCGGCGACGGGACUCAUCACAACGACGGCGAAGGUGGACUGCCUCAUCGACGCGCGGCCGGAGGUGGUCGUCGUGGCGACAGACGGAGGCGAGCCGGCGUUGUCGUCGCGCGUCGUCGUGCGCGUCUCCGUCGUCGACGUCAACGAUCACGAACCGCAGUUCAGCCUCAGCUUCUACAACGUGUCUGUGUCUGAGGGCGCCACCGUCGGCAAGUGCAUCCUGCAGUUGAACGCUACUGAUGGCGACUGCGGAGUUAAUGCCAUCGUUAACUACACGCUCGUCGAGGCGGCGGCGGCGCGCGCCAACCCGCGACCGUUCACCAUAGACGGCGCCACCGGUCAGCUCUGCCUGCAGCGCCCCCUGGAUCACGAGCAACGCGACAGCUACGAGUUUUCGGUCAUCGCCACGGACGCCGGUGGCCGCAGCGCGUCGGUGACGGUGCACGUGCACGUGGCGGACGAGAACGACAACGCGCCCGUGUUCUACCCGCGCGAAUACGGCGUCAGCCUGAAGGCCGGAGCGCCGCCAGGGGGCGCCGUCGUGCGCGUGCACGCGAGCGACGGAGACGCGGGUGCGUACGGACGCGUCACGUACGCCGUUGCCGACGGCGACGACGCAGACGGCGCCGGGGUGUUUGUCGUCGACGGAAACUCAGUCGUCGUCGUCGACGUCAACGACAACCGGCCGGCGUUCGAGCGCGCGACGUACGAGGCGUCGGUCGCGGAGAACGCCACCGCGGGAACGACGGUGACGCGCGUAGUCGCGACGGACGCCGACGAGGGAGAGAACGCGCGCGUGACGUACUCGAUCCGGCGCGGCGGCGACGACGCGUUCGCCGUGGACGCGCGCACGGGCGCGGUGACGCUGCGGCGCGCGCUGCCCCCCGGCGGCCCGCGCGAGCACGUCAUCGUCGUGAGCGCGGCGGACGGAGGCACCCCGUCCCUCGUCGCGACCGCCCACGUCGCAGUGACCGUCGUCGGGGUGCGCGCCCGCGCCCCGCGCGUCGACGUAGCGUUCGUGACGGAGGGAGGAGGCUACCGCGUGCGGGAGGACACGGCCGCGCGAAGCGUCGUCGCGCGAGUCUCCAUCUCCGACCCCGACCGAGACGACGACGACGCCGCGAGGCUCGCGGACGUCGACGUGACGUUAGAGGGCGCUGACGGAGCGUUCGCGCUGCGGACGGAGGACCGCGCGACGUACUGGAUGUACGUAGCGCGCGCGCUCGACCGAGAGACGACACCCGAAUACAACCUGACGGUUGUCGCCCGCGCCGCGGCCCGCAAGGGGGCGCCGGCGGUGCGCGCGACGGCCGACAUUGCCGUCGUCGUCGACGACGCGAACGACAACGCGCCGCGCUUCGAGAGCGCCCUCUACGAGGCGAGCGUCGAGGAGUCGGCGGACGUCGGCGCGUUCGUGGCGCGCGUAGGAGCGAGCGACGACGACGCCGGCGACAACGCCGCCGUCACGUACUCGCUCGCGCCGCCCGCAGGGGGCGCCGCCGUCGACUGGUUCGCGGUGGACGCGGCGACGGGACUCAUCACAACGACGGCGAAGGUGGACUGCCUCAUCGACGCGCGGCCGGAGGUGGUCGUCGUGGCGACGGACGGAGGCGAGCCGGCGUUGUCGUCGCGCGUCGUCGUGCGCGUCUCCGUCGUCGACGUCAACGAUCACGAACCGCAGUUCAGCCUCAGCUUCUACAACGUGUCCGUGUCUGAGGGCGCCACCGUCGGCAAGUGCAUCCUGCAGUUGAACGCUACUGAUGGCGACUGCGGAGUUAAUGCCAUCGUUAACUACACGCUCGUCGAGGCGGCGGCGGCGGCGCGCGCCAACCCGCGACCGUUCACCAUAGACGGCGCCACCGGUCAGCUCUGCCUGCAGCGCCCCCUGGAUCACGAGCAACGCGACAGCUACGAGUUUUCGGUCAUCGCCACGGACGCCGGUGGCCGCAGCGCGUCGGUGACGGUGCACGUGCACGUGGCGGACGAGAACGACAACGCGCCCGUGUUCUACCCGCGCGAAUACGGCGUCAGCCUGAAGGCCGGAGCGCCGCCAGGGGGCGCCGUCGUGCGCGUGCACGCGAGCGACGGAGACGCGGGGGCGUACGGACGCGUCACGUACGCCGUCGCCGACGGCGACGACGCAGACGGCGCCGGGGUGUUUGUCGUCGACGGAAACUCAGGUGCCGUGACCUUGGCGAAGAAGCUGGAAGCCACGCGGACGAACCGACAUGUGAUCACCGUCACGGCGACGGACGGAGGCGGGCGCGCAGCCGCCGCACCCGCCGUCGUCACGGUGAGCGUCGUCGCCGGCAACCAGAAGCCUCCCGUCUUCCGGCAGCCGUUCUACGGGUUCAGCAUCCCGGAGGACUACGCGGUCGGCAGCAGAGUCGGCUUCGUGCACGCCGAGGGUGGCGCUGCCGUGCACUACUCGAUCUCGUCGGGCGACCCGGGUCGCUACUUCGCGAUCGACGCGCAGACAGGAGAGAUCAGCUCCGCUCGCGCUCUGGAUCGCGAGGAAGACGCCUUCCUGCUGCUAGCCAUACAGGCGCGCGCGGGGGAGCCUCCCACGUACGGACACGCACAGCACAUGGUGGGUAGCGUGUUGAGCGUGGAAGGAGAACGCAGCAGGCAGAGUGCGGACGUCUCGUUAUGGCCAGCAACCACAGCACCGACGCUGACCUGGGGAGAACGCGUCCAGUGCAGUACCUAG